UAUUGCAUGCACCUUUUUAAUUUUUCUUAAUCACACGUAAGAUAGAUAUGGCUAUUGAUCAACACAAAGAUGUUGAACAUGGCCUGGAGAAGCCCUUUUUACACAAGGCCAACUGCCUCGAUUCGGACCAACAAAACGGAUCGAUUUCGAUGGUUUUGUUGAGUACUUGUGUUGCUGUUUGUGGAUCAUUUCAGUUUGGAUCAUGUGUGGGAUAUUCUUCACCUACUCAAUCAGCUAUAAGACAGGACUUGAAUCUAUCUAUAUCUGAGUUCUCUAUGUUUGGAUCCAUUAUCACCAUUGGUGCUAUGAUUGGAGCGGUUACAAGCGGUAGACUCGCAGAUUACAUUGGUCGAAAAGGGGCAAUGAGAAUGUCAGCUGUGUUCUGCAUCACAGGGUGGGUUGCUGUCUAUUUCGCCAUGGAAGCUCUGUUUCUUGAUGUUGGAAGGUUCUGCACUGGCUACGGCAUUGGAAUAUUCUCCUAUGUGGUUCCUGUCUUCAUUGCUGAAAUUGCACCAAAGAAUCUUCGCGGGGGACUUGCAACAUUGAAUCAGCUUAUGAUUGUCUGUGGAGCAUCAACUGCAUACAUUGUUGGAUCAGUUGUAACAUGGAGAACAUUAGCUUUAAUUGGAUUGAUCCCUUGUCUUUUAAUUCUCGUUGGCCUAUUCUUCAUCCCAGAAUCCCCUAGAUGGCUGGCGAAAGUUGGGCGGAAAAAAGAGUUUGAAUCAGCAUUGCACAGACUUCGCGGCAAGAAUGCUGAUAUAAUGCAAGAAGCCAAUGAAAUUCAAGCCAGCAUUGAUGUUCUACUAGAUCAACCUAAAGUUAGAAUAGUGGACUUGUUCGACCCCAAAUACAUUCGUCCAGUCACUGUUGGUGUGGGAUUGAUGGUUUUUCAGCAGUUUGGGGGAAUAAAUGGGAUUGGUUUCUACUCUAGUGAAACAUUUGUAGCUGCAGGUUUUUCUUCAGGAAAAGCUGGGACUAUUGCAUAUGCCAUAAUUCAGGUUCCUAUAACUAUGGUUGGAGCAGUACUAAUGGAUAAAUCAGGAAGAAGGCCUCUUCUCAUGAUAUCAUCAGCAGGAACAUGCCUUGGAUGCAUCCUCACAGGGGCUUCAUUUUUCCUUAAGGAGCAAGAUCUCUUGGCUGAAUGUGUCCCAUUUCUUGCUGUCUCUGGAGUACUGGUAUACAUAUCAGCCUUCUCUAUAGGGACAGGACCAGUUCCUUGGGUGGUCAUGUCAGAGAUUUUCCCAAUUCAUAUAAAAGGUGUAGCAGGGAGUCUUGUAGUUUUAGUGAAUUGGUUAGGUGCAUGGUUAGUAUCCUUCACCUUCAACUACAUGAUGGCCUGGAGUUCUGCUGGUACGUUUUCGAUCUAUGCUGCAUUUUGCGCGCUGACAAUAGUGUUUGUGGCGAAGAUCAUGCCUGAGACAAAAGGAAAAACUUUGGAAGAAAUUCAGGCCUCUCUCAGCUCAUGAAUAUCAAUUCUACCAAUAUUUAUUCUUCACACAAAACAAAGCCAACAACAUUUCAUUAAUUUGAUCUGUAUAUUGUCUUCAAAGUUCGAACUCUGAACAAAUUCCUGCUCUCCAUGGUAGAUUUAGUUAUUAGUCUUAUGUAAUGAUCAUUGAUUUUUCUUUCUAUCCCCAUUAUUUAUUUUUGCAACCAUGAAAUGAGGUCAAGCAAUAAAUGGUAGUAUUGGUUUA